GGGGCGGGCGGACCCGCGGCCAAUCAGGAGGCGAAGCCUUCACAAAGGGCGAGUUACUGUUUUUCCCAAAGCGGCUGGAUGUGGCGCUUUGGUGGGUUGUUAACGGCACUUUCGAUGGGCAUGAAGAAAAGGUUUUAUUAUGCGGUGAAGGCCGGACGGAAGCCUGGGGUGUACGCAACCUGGGAUGAAUGUAAAGAGCAAGUAGACAAGUUUCCCAAUGCCAGUUUCAAGAAGUUUGGUACUGAAGAUGAUGCAUGGUCUUUUGUAAGAAAUGUGGAAUCAAGUUCACAAGCUACCUCGACAGAAUGUAGUGAUCAAAUCAAGUCUACAAUUAAGAACCUAGAGGACUGUAAUGGGGGAAAGCGUUCUCUGUCAUCUGAUGAUGAGACAUGCCCAAAGCGUUUUAAAAGUGCGCAAUCAUUCAUUGACUUGGAACAGAAGUUUACUUACAUGGGAGAUGCUGUUGCAGUAUAUACGGAUGGCUGCUGUUCGGGUAAUGGGAGGAAUAGAGCUCGGGCAGGAAUUGGUGUGUACUGGGGACCAGGUCAUUCCCUAAACCUUAGUGAAAGACUUCCAGGAAGACAGACCAACCAAAGGGCAGAAAUAGUUGCAGCUUGUCGAGCAAUUGAGCAAGCCAAAGAAUACAACAUUGAAAAGCUGGUUAUUUUUACAGACAGCAUGUUCACCAUUAAUGGUAUCACCAAGUGGAUCAAAUCUUGGAAGUGUAAUGGCUGGAGGCUUAGUACUGGCGAAUCAGUAAUCCACAAAGAAGACUUUGAAAGACUUGACAAAUUGACCUCUGAUAUAAAUAUUGAAUGGAUGCAUGUCCCUGGUCACGCUGGUUUCCCAGGAAAUGAAGCAGCAGACAGUCUAGCUAAAGAUGGAGCUUCCAAGCCGCCAUGCUGACAAACAUUGUCAAACACAUUUUGUAGGUCAUGGAUGCAAAUCUGAGAUUAGUACACACUGUGAUGCAAAGCAAACUUCAUAUUUUUGUUUGUAAAGCCUCCUUUUCAGUGGCUCCAACAAUACUGUUUAUUCCCAACUGCAGGCAUAGCUUGUUCCACUGUCAAUAAUAUAACUGAAAAAUCAUAAUAUAUUGCAAAUAAUGGGCUGGUUUCCUAGCCCUUUUUAAUUUAAAAUUGUAGCUAGCAAAUACUUGAGUUUCCAAAAUACUGUUGUUUGCUUGUCCCUUUCGGAAAGGUUCUGUGGCUGAAUGGAAUUGGCUAAGUUUCCCAACUUUGCAGCCUGGAAAAUUUUGAGGGAUUAUAGCUGUUUCCUCAAUAACACAAUGCAGUAUAUUGGUAUGUGCAGCUCAUUGUUACAGUCCUUUUUAAGUACGUUAAAUUUGUGGGUUUUCAACCAAGAGCGUGAGAGUCACUUGCAUUUUGUUAAACAAGUGUUUGUACAGUGUUGAUCUAAGAACUUACCUCAUUUGGCUUGGUGUGUAAGAGGUUCUGAUCUAACUUUUUUUCUGAAAUGUUCAAAUACACAAUUUUUGAUCCCUGGUUUGAGUUUUUGUUUCUUUUGCCUAAUCAUUUAAUUUAUAUUCUAUUGGUAAGCAUGAAUGUUAUUGUGCAUGAGUCCAUUCACAAAUAGGAUUGAUUUGACUUUUGAUUUUUACAAUAUAAUAAUGUACAUAGGCUGGUUUUCGGAUUGUAAAGCUAAAAUCAUAUGAAAUAAAUGUUCUGUUUUGUA